AUACGCUUAAGCUAUUUUCUAUGCAAAAUCUCAAGUUUCACUGGAUAUGCUGUCUUCUAGACACCAUCCUUUAGAAGCUUCACGGGAACAUAAUAAUGAAAACAUAAUUUUUAUUGUGAGAGGGCUAUAUGAGUAGCUUCUGAAAUGGGUGGCAGCACCUUUGUAGUGGCGUUGCUUGAGCGGUCCCAUAUCACCGACAUUGCAUAACGUGAGACUCUCAUGAAACUGUCAUGAGCAACUACCAGAGCCAUGAUGGAUUAUCGCUGGGCUGUGUCGAACGGUCCUCACACCUGGAAGAGUAUUCCCGCUCACGACCCGCAUCAGCUGGAAGCAGGCCUCGUAGCUUAUUAAAUAAAAUGGCGAACGCUGCUGCUGCCGUCCAGCUGGAUGACGAUGCAGAGCCCGCGGACGCUGAGCCAUGGGUGCUCGAGGGCUGGGGUGACGGUCCUAGCGUGAGCGAGGCAGCACAGGAAGCCGCACUACGGCUUGGGCCGUACGUCAAGAACGUGCCCACUACCCUCGUUGGCCUGGGGCCAGCCGGCGGGGGCCGGCGUGUAUGCAGCGCAGGGCAUCAAGGCCGGGGUCUCCUGAAAGUGUCGGAGGCGAGGCGCAAGCCGGGGCCUGGGCCGCCUUACUCGCAGGGGGACCGGCGGUCAUCUGGCCCAGCUGCUUUAGCCGCGGGGAACCAAGGCGUUUUGCGGAGGACCGCGGUGCAACGGAAUCUGGACGUAGGCGAUGAAUCCGACGUGGAGCCGCCAACACCCGCUCCAGCCUACACUUCGCCGCCGACCCAAGGCCGCUUAACGCCAGCACAGCGGACGGGUGCAGCGCUGCGACAGCAGAACGCGCAGCAGCUUGCGCAAAACACGUUAAUGAACGCAGCAGCGCGGCUGGCCCGAAAAGAACCGGUCGCGUCUGCUCCUGGUGCCGGUGCCUCCACGCAGCCGUCCCCGCCGCCACCUUUGAGCAAUAUGGGUAGCGCGGCUCCGGAGCCUUCGAGCGGCAGCUCGCCACGGCACCGCAGCUUGUCCGCAGAAUCGUACCACGCCGACGCCACCGGGGCUGGUACGGCAGGAUCCGCACAGCGAAUAGCCAACGUCCCGGGGCGGACUCCGCCCCACCCAUCGACACAUUUAGAGCCACCCAGUGGACCUACUGGCCGCGCUGCGGGCGGACGCGGCUCCGCUGCGCCCAGUGAUCCCGGCCUGCAGCCGGCUGAACGCGCUAGCAGCAGCAUGUGCCCUAGUGGCACCUAUGACCUUCACGACUCGCACCACCACUUUCCCGGCCCUAGCCAUGCCCUCCCUGGGCCACCAAUACCAUUAUCGUCAUCAACAACAAUAGCAGCACCAGCAGCACCGGGAACGGCAGCAUCGCAUCUGGCUGCAGGCUCCGGCCCACCAGCCGGGCUAGCCGCAGCGUACGGCGGACAGCCGGGUCUGCCGCUGCUGCCAGGGUUAUUCCCGAACGGGCGCCGCGGCGCCUCCUUCCGCAAUGACGUAAACGGCCUAUCGGGAUGGGACCCGGAGGCACCCGCUAUCCCGCACCAGCCAGCGGUGGGGCAAGCCUCGCAGGCGAGCCCCAACCUGCCCUUGUGGAUAGGCCCGGCGGGUGCAGGCGGUGCGGGCGUGGUGGGUACCGGGCUGCAACCCCAGGCUCCGUCGACGACUGCGGGUGGGCCUGUAGCUCCGUCCGGUCGCGGCUCUCCGAUUCAUGGGACGCAGGUGCCGCACCGCAGGGACAGCAGCAGCCGUAUGCAGCGCGUGGGUGGAGGCGCAGCGCUGGGCAUUCUGGACCUCUCGCUUACCCCAGAACGUUCUUCGUCUGAUAAGACAGGCCAGGGUACCGUCUCCAAUUCCCAAAACCGUGGGGGGAGGGCGCCCGGGGGCGGCGUCCUGUACAGUGGUGUGACCCCCGCGGCACGGUCCCUGUCGCCGGACGUUGCAGGGCGCGGUGGUUGCCCGCACUUCUUUUCGGCGCCGCAGCAAGACGCGUUGAGUGAGUUUUGUGCGAGCAGGCCGGAGCUUGGGAGUGCGGGGACGGCCUCUGGGAGCAUCUCCGGGGCAUCUCCAGGUGAUGCCCGGAUCCACCCCGGCACCCCCAGUACCCCCAUUAUGCCGGGUAUGCCGGUUACAGUACCCAUGCGCGUGACGUCAUUGGCUAAGGCCACGGCUGUGGGGCGAGUCAGCUGAAUUUGCAACAAUGCGAGCGGGCCGUUGGAACUGACUGGACUGUGAGCCUGCGAGUGCAGGGCGGGGGGCGGGGCUGCCGGCGUGCGGAGAGUUCCUGUGCUUACAAGUCCUUUGACUUUGACAGUCCUGGCAUGUACAGCUGCUAUAGCUUCAAUACUGCGUUUGUUGGUUUGAUAACGCUCAUUUGGCCCCAAAGCGGCUGUCUUAAUUUAUUUCAGGGCAACGCCGGAAAGCGGAUGCUCUUGGGACUUGUGUACAUAUAAACCAGGAAAUCUACGGGUAGCGGAACGUGAGAGGCAUGUCAAGCUGUGCUGUGCCGCUAUGGGACUGCAUUACAGCAGGCGGGUACAGCACGUAUAGGGCAGCAAAUACAAGGUGGGUGCUUAGCAGAGCAAGUUCCAUGACCAAAAGGGGGAAAUGAACUGCGAGGGAGACGGUAUGCUAGCUACGCAACUUUGUUGAUAUGGACGUGAUGUUGAUCAUGGACGUGCGCUUCGGUUUGGUUUGGUGGUGCCUCGUGCGGCCAUCACGCAAUACAUGUGUUUGGUAAUGCUUGACGCGGUAUGCUAGCAUCGGGGAGCUACUGCAGUCAUGAUGAUUGCUUAUCGUUUUACCUCGCGGUAGGUCGAUGUCAAGAAACCAGGCAAGCGCUAAAGCUGUAAAAGCGAAGCUGCUUUCCUUUGCAAUUACGUUCACACCGUACUACUACUUCACUUGCAGUGGAAGCCUCCAGCCCAACCGCCUUGGAAAGGACGUGUCAUGCGCGGAACGCAAAACCUCACAGGCAUGUAGCGCAUAUGCCUGCAAACCGUCCGCCACACCAAAUGCACACAGAGGGCGGGUUUGCCCUCGGGAUCGGCCAGACAACCGAAGUCGAAGCUGAACACGUCAUUCGGGAAGCUAAGGAAAUGCCCAUAGACACCCUGGUGUAGGUCCCUCCUUA